UUGUAUUUUUUAAAAUCAAUUUUGUGCAUUUGUUUCUUAAUGCCCUAUACUGAACCCAGUCACCGGCAUCAUUACUUCUUUUAGCCUUGGCCCAUGCCUUAUCUCUCUCUCUAAUAGAAGAUGAGAUGGUUUCAUUAAACCAUGGGUUGUCUUUACCACUAACUCUACACCUUCUCAGAGGUGCAUGCUUAUUAAUUAGGGCCAAAAAGGUUGUUUAAAAAUAAUUCCACGCCAAGUCAACGUCCGCCAUUACACAGACAAGGUCCAAGUCGCUAUUAUACAAAUCAUGCGCAAAGGCUUGUUCAUUGAGAUGUUUAUAAUUUCUUUUAAAAAUAAGACGGGGCUUAGUCUUGGGUAGUUUGCAGUUUCUAACACAGGCAACUGUACAGUGAUCACUGACAUCAUUACUGAAUAUUCCAACUGCAGAGUAUUUAUGUGGAGAAUCUGUGAGAAUAACAUCAAGCAAUGUAGACUUAUCCAUGUUUUUGGAGUUCAACCGAGUUGGAGAGUUAAUUAGUUGCGAUAGAUUUAGAGUGUCGCAAAUGUCCUUAAGUGAACUGGAGGUCGUCGAGAGCCAGUCCCAAUUUAAAACUCCCAAUAAAACAUACUCCUUGUCAGAAAACGUAUGAAGGAAGUCUGAAAGCAGUCUUACAGCUUCAUGUGACGCCGAUGGUGGGCGAUAGCAUCCUACUACUGUAAGAUCAGCACCAUUAGGAAGAUGUAACUGAAUUACAGACAAUUCGAAGCACUAUGGUUUACUGAUCGAUUCGACACAGGAGCAGUUCAACGUUAAUUUUACAUAGAUCGCUACUCCCCCUCCUUUGUUAGCGCGAUCUGCCCUGUAGAUAUUAUAUCCAUCAAUGUGCAUCAUAUUGUUCGAAAUCGAGGGUUUCAGCCACGUUUCUGACAAAACUAUAAUGUCGCAGUCAGUCAGCUUUACCCAGAGACGAAUUGCGUCUAUUUUGUUUAUUAAACUGCGAACAUUUAGGUGAAUGAAACGUAAUCCAUUGCAGUUUUUAAGAUCAUCCGGAUUUUCAAGCUAUGUCAGUUCAGGACCUGGAUUGGGGCGGAUGUUGCCUGAUAGAAGAAGUAGGAAAAUCAUCCAGACCUUCUUUGCUGGAACAAUUCUCCGACUGUGUCUGUGCACAACCGAUGAGGCAAACCGGGCCGAGAUCACCGUCCCUGUCCGCCGCUGUGCGUGCCCAGGUCAUCACACUCGAACAAUCCAGCGAGACACCCCGCUGUGAUCCAAUGGUUUGUUGUAGCUAAAUGGAGCAACAUCCGAAUGGGGCAUGGUUACAGUGCAUGAGGAGGUAAUCCACAGUGAAACAUCCGAUCCACCGUCAUCCUUUGUCCUAUUCACCACUGGAGAUGAUAGCGCAAGGCUACCCAACAGGUAGAGCAGCCCGGCUGGCCACAUUGUUGAAGUGGGACAGUCCUUCCUGAAGCUGGUUGCACAGCACUAUUUUUCAAUGGGAUUAAGAAAGCACGCCAGACGAAAAAGAUGGGUUCUUUAUUUUGUUCUAGCCGUACUUCUGCUGCAGACCGAAGCAGAGACGCCAACUCCCUCAGGUGGUGGCGGAGAUUCCCAGCAAGUGCGCUGCUUCAUUGACCGGAAGAGCCACUGUAGCAAUUGGGACACAGAGCAGAUUCCAUGCAGGCUGUUUGAUUGGAACAUGCAGAGUCCCCCUAUGAGCCAAGUGAAGAUUCAAACCCAGGAAACAGUCAGGAUCAGCGCUGAGCACUACCCAACUAUACAGACAUGCUCCUGGAACUACAGCACAGAGAGCAGCACCUAUUCAGAGAAGAACAUAGAGGGAGUGUACACUGUAAUCAUUUCCCAGGCCUCAGAGAGGGAUUCUGGGAAUUUUAGCCUGUGCUGUGAGUCUGGCAGCCAGCGCACCUGUGUGGCUUUUGGAGUCCAUUUGACACUUGAGUACCGACCAUCAACACCACAACUGAAAAUUUCGCCUGGAGAAAAAGGACGUUCCAGUACUUAUUCCUGUAGCUCAAAGGGUUUCCCAAAACCCACAAUCAGCUGGAUCCCCAAAACAUCCAGCUUGCCCUCAUCGAGCCUGGGGAACACAGCUGUGAGCAUUGUGUCAAGCUUCAAGCUCUACAACCAGAAGACUGUGUGCUGUGCUGAAAACAGCCUGGGCAAAGAGUGUUCCAUGCUGUACAAUUAUGAUCUGUGGCUUCCAGACUCAAAUGAGGAGGUUUCUCUGGUUACACUGACCCCAGGUCAGCCUCUACUGUUACGCUGCAGUGAUAAGAAACCCUCAACCCCUGGGUUACGCUGGCUACCUGAGAAAAAUGGACUCCAGGUGUUGCAUGAUGACAUGGGCUCUCAAUCACUCACCUAUUUGUUCAUUGAUUCUGUGAAUGAGGAACACAGUGGCAGGUACACCUGCAAGUCCCAUGACAACAGAACGAAGUCCAUCAAUGUCCAAGUUCGUGAAGGAGGAUUUAUAAACUUGCUGGAGCUGAAUGAAGUGAACCAUGUAUUGGCGCAGGACAGAGCCAAAUUCUGCUUCCGAGCUGUGCUUUCUGCCCAUCCAAAACCACGCUGUCACUGGCUUACUCCAAAUGGGACGGUGCCAUGCCCAGACCGCAUCACAUUCUGGGGGAACAGUACUUUUGAGCUGUGUGAUCCUGCUCCAGGCCUGUAUCAGUUUCACGCAGAGAACAGCAAGGCAUGCAUAACUAGGAACAUGUCCCUCUGUGUCACAGACACACCCAGUGUGAGACUUAUUCAGGAGGCAGACUGGUUCAGCUGUAGCACCAACAGCACCAUGCCACUGAAAAUCACUUGGAAGACCUGUCCACUCUCUGCCAACUGCCUGGAUGCCUCCUCUUGGCGAGGUGAGGAAGAUCACCCAUUCCUUGUGUCAAAGGCUAAAGGCCUGUGCCAGAAGGAAGUGUCCAGUUACUUUCUCCUGGGCCAUUUGGAGCACCAAACCAAACUGAAGUGCUGUGUUCACAACUCUGCCGGCGAGCAUUGCAGCCAGGAAACAUCACUGCUGAAAAACUAUUCCUCUACUAGUCUACUGUUGCUGACGGGCUUAUUGAGCAUUUCCCUGUUACUGCUCACCACUGCAUUGAUCAUCUCCUUCAGAAGGAAGAAGCCCCAGUAUGAAAGCCAACUUAGGAUCCUGCAGAUGGUCGACAAUGACUACGUUUACAUCGACUUUAAACAGUUCCAGUAUGACCAGAGUUGGGAAUUUCCUCGUGAGAACCUAGAGCUGGGGAAGGAGCUGGGGUCAGGAGCAUUUGGCAUGGUGGUGGAGGCCACUGCCUAUGGGAUCUGCAAACCAGGAGUCUCUGAACAGGUGGCUGUGAAGAUGCUGAAAGAGAAGCACCAGACAGUGGAGAAGGAGGCUCUGAUGUCAGAACUGAAGAUGAUGAUGCAUAUUGGUAACCAUGUCAACAUUGUCAACCUGCUGGGGGCCUGCACAGGCUCAGGGCCUAUCUACCUCAUCUUCCAAUACUGCACCAAAGGAGACCUUCUGAAUUACCUGAAGACUAACAGAGAGAGGUUUCACCAAUCUCUGACUGACCUCUUCACCAAAAACCACUUCAGCUGCCUGUACCACAAUUUCCAGUCAGAUUGCACCCACAGCCCCUACAUACCAAUGUUCCCUGCGGUAACCAGAAAGCCCGAAACUCAAGAGCUCCUCAGUUAUAGCACCAGCCCGGACCCUCCGGAAGUCUUGUGUCACGGGAUCUAUGAAGAAACAGAUUUAUCAUAUGAGGAUGAGCUGCAGGUGCUGACCUAUGAUGAUCUACUGAGCUUUUCUUGCCAAGUGGCCAAGGGAAUGGAAUAUCUCUCCUCAAAAAAUUGUAUUCAUCGAGAUCUGGCUGCAAGAAAUGUGCUGGUGAGCCACGACAAAACUGUGAAGAUUGGGGACUUUGGCCUUGCAAGGGACAUAGUGAAGGACUCCAACUAUGUUGUCCGGGGAAAUGUGCGGCUACCUGUGAAGUGGAUGGCUCCAGAGUCUCUUUUCGAGGGAAUGUACACCAUGGAAAGUGACAUCUGGGCUUAUGGAAUCUUGCUGUGGGAAAUAUUCUCUCUGGGUGUUACACCAUAUCCAGGGAUGAAGGUGGAUCAGAAUUUCUAUGCCCUGAUCCAAAAUGGGUUUCAGAUGGACCGGCCAUACUACGCCAGUGGGCCAGUGUACCAGGUAAUGCGACUAUGCUGGGCACUGGAGCCCCAUGCACGCCCACCAUUCUCAAAACUGGUGGCCUUCAUGGAGACUGAGCUGGAGGAUGUAGAGGAGAAGCUGUACUCCAACAUGACAGGAAGCAAAUCCAGAACUUACAAGAACAUCCUUCAGACCCCAAGCAGCAUGUCAGAGAACGUGAGACUAGAACAUCAUUAGACUCAAUUCCAUCUCCAUGGCAAUACCAGUGCUAUAGCCUCAGAGUAAACUUUCUUUCCCCUCAUAUGCAAACACACACCGCAUGCAUAUUAACCCUUUAACUGGAGGGAAAUCAUUCAAGGGUGGCCACAGACUCAGAUAAACCUGUCAGGCUCAUGUAAACAAAUCAAUUUAACAGUAGUAAGUAUUUACGAUGUAUACCUUCAGAUAUUAAUUGAUUUUGUUAUGUCCAUAUGAUAUAACAAUAAUUAGAGCCCGACCGACGCCAGAUUUUUGGGUCCGAUGCCGAUCCCAAUUUUGGAGAUUCCUAGCCCACCGAUUACCGAUGUUUUGACCGAUAUUUUGUCAAAAAGUGCAACAUUUUCAAAUC